AUGCUUUCCCCGUUGGUUUCUUGGAUCUUGUCUCCCUCCUCUUCCUCCUCCUCUUCCGAAGAAGAAGAAGAAGAGAUCCUUGACAUUAUCACAGAUAAUGACAUUAACCAUGAAAAUGACCAAAAGCUCAAUGUAGAAGAUGACGAGUGUGAUGUGGACAACACCAUUCCCGUUGCACUUGCUGUUCCCAAUGCCUCCCCCGCCGUGACAGUGGCCUUCCCGGCCAAUGACGAAAGAAACACCAUCCCAGUCACCGCCACUGCCACCACUGUCGUAACAUGCUCAAAAGGGCAGUGCAACGCCAAGUAUUCCGGAAUGGUGAGACAAUACCAAAGGCUGUGGACGAAGGAGGAUGAGAUGGAACUGUUGAAGGGAUACCUUGAUUACGUCAAGCGGCAUAGAAAGGAAACCACCACCCUCCAAAGCGUCGUAGCCUCGUUGUAUGAUCACGUAAGGCCCAAACUGAACGUGAGUUUCAACAAAAAUCAGCUUGUUGAGAAACUGCGUAGGUUAAAGAGAAAACACAAGUUAGCUUUGGACAAAGACAAGGACAAGGAGGUUCCCUUUAGAAACCCCCAGGAGCAGGCCAUUUUUGAAAUUUCCCACAAGAUUUGGGGCAUUGACACGGAUAAUAUAAUAGACCAAGAUGCCUUGGAUGGUUAUGAAUCAGGACACACUCCUGAAAGUCAUGAUCAUGUUGGCAACAUCAAGGUGAAGAUUGAACAACUUGACAACAAUGAUGAAAUAGAUAAUAGAGUGCCAAAGCGGUUGCGGCUAGAUGAUGCAGAUGAUGCAGAUGAUGUGAACAAAACAAAUGACCAAAACAAUGGUGAUAGCAUACAAGGCUUCAUUGAGGAGACCAUGAGGUCAUGUUUCCCACCAUUGCUGAAGGAAGUGUUGCAUGAUGCACAUGAAGAGCCACUUCCUGAGUUGGAGCCAAUCCCAAUGCCACUAUGCCCUGGGGAAGUGGACCAUGAACAAUGGAGAAAACGGAGGAUUUUGGAGUUGGAGGUGUAUGUGAAGCGGUUGGAGUUGUUGCAGGAUCAGAUCAAGUCUAGAUUGGAACAGUUGCGAUCUAACUGA